ACUGCAACUUGAAUCUCAAAGAAAAAUCAGGUUGAAGCAUCAAAUGUUUGUUUUUUUUUAACUCAUGAGUCAUGACUGAUAAUUGUGCUGCACUUCAUGUUUGAAGAAGCCACUUGAAGCAGCUCAACUCCUCCUCGCCAGUGUGCUGCAGGUCCGCCUCCAGCAGCAGCAGCAGCAGCCGGCUGCUCCUUCACAGAGCGCACUAGCUGUUAUCCUGCAGCGUUCACUGACCAAGAUGAACAAGAUGACAUCGCGCCAUAAAGCUUAAUGAUCUGAUGGCGCUUCUGGAUGCACUUCUCUAACUCUGGAGCCAGAAGAAAGGCUAUGACAUUUUCUUGGCAGCUAAAGUAACUUGCGACAGGCUGUGCCUGCUUGCAUACCUGCAAUAUUAUUUCUCUUUUCGUUGCUCUGUGAGCCUCACAUCAUGUAUAAGUUAUGCAUCAUCACCGUCAUGUGCUGUGCGCUUUUUCCACGGUGCUCUGCAGCUCCAAAGACCUGGGCUGCACAUCCCAGGUCAGAGAGCGAGGCAGAGCCAGAUGACAGGCUGCAGGAGGAGGUGGAUGGCCAUGAGAGCAUCCUCUCUAAGCUGCUGGGUGAUUAUGACAAAGUGAAAGCCCUCUCGGAAGGCUCUGACUGUCGGUGUAAAUGUGUUGUCAGACCGCUGAGCAGGAGCGCCUGCAGGCGGAUAGAAGAAGGCAGCGCCACCGAGCAGGACUUCUACACCGUGGAGACCAUCACAUCCGGACCGCAGUGCAAGUGCGCCUGCAUCGCUCCUCCGUCUGCCGUCAACCCGUGCGAGGGAGAGUACAGGCUGAAAAGACUUAGAGAAGCUGGGGAAGAGAAUGUCAAGCUUUCCACCAUCCUGGAGCUGCUGGAGGGCUCCUUUUAUGGGAUGGAUCUACUGAAGCUGCACUCAGUUACCAACAAGCUGCUGGAUCGCAUGGACAACAUUGAAAAGGCCGUGUCUCCGAACCACACAAUGGAUGAGGUGAAGCCCCAGAAGAGCCCUCAGAUCCAGGCGGAUGUGACCGAAAGCCCCCCCACCUCUCCAUCGCACCAGCAUCAGGACCAGAAGAGACUCAGUGAGGUCAGCAGGGCCGCAGUCUAUAAACAUCCAGAUGAAAAGUAUGAGGAGAAGUUUAUUGGGGAAAACCCGUCCUUCCUGCGGACAGAUGGUUCUGCUCAGAUCAUUGAGGUCAAACCUCAGGUGACUCACAGGAAAGUGGCUAACAAGGAGGCUUCUCAGGUGUCGAAGACCGGCCCCAAUGGAAUGAUCAUCAGAGGAAUGACUUUCUAUAAAUCGGAUCCAGAUCCGAUGGUAGCGGAUGACGGGGAGCCUGGAGAGAACUUUUUUGAGUACGGAUUCAGUGGUGAAGGUCCGAAUAACCUCCUCAUUGAGGAGAAUCUUCUACAACACAAAGUCCCUCGCCCCAGGACGAGGGCGGGACCGAGAUCAUUUCAACCAAAAACAACAGGUCCUUCGCACGGUUCCACAAAAACCAGCAAGUCAAAAAAAACAAAAGAAACUAAGCCCACCACAAAAACUCAUGAUGCGUUCAUGAGUGCCGUUGGAACCACAUCAGUGGAUGUGUCUACAGAUGUGCGGAGUGAUGCAUUCACAACGAGAAGCGUCACGUUUGGGCCGACCACUACCACGCAAAGAACCAGGACCACAGAAACUGCACCUGAAACUACUCAAAGAGUCACUGCUGGAGUCACUCAGUGGCCUUUGAUGGAUGAACCAGCCGGCGCUUCUUUACGCAUCACUGCCGAGGAAACAACCAGACUGACAAUGAGCACAACCCAACCUUCCGAAAAUACAGCCACAAAGGAAGUCCUACCAGCAUUCACGACAAGAACCGCCAUGAUGGAGACCUCUACGCAGGAGGUGAAAGACCAGAUGCAAACCACACCUACCAGCACUGCAGCUCAUUCAAGCAAACGUGCACCAAACCCAACCACAGAGGUUUUGACUACCAGCCCGACCUCCACUAUGACCAUCACAACCCAUGCUGCCUCGACCUCAGCACCCAAACACCCCACAACAACCACCACACGGGCAGCCUCCACGCAGGCUGCUACCACGACACCAGAAACUGAAUCCACCUACUCUUCAGGCUCGACUUUGCCUCCUACCACACAGAGACUGACCACUUUGUCUCCCCACACUACUGUGCCUUUCACCACACCUGUGACUUCCUCUUCUUCAGCCGCCGCCACCACCACCACCACCACCUUCACCCCUACCGUCACUACCAGCCAGCCUCCUCAAGUCAAACACAAUUCCAGAAUCAGCUGGAAUGAGGAAGUGGUGGAGGACGGACACCUGGAAUUGGACGAGCCAAUGCAAAGGCAGGAGGAAUCUCCCUCAAGAAAAACUGGGGAGUGUAAGGACACUUUGGCAACAAUCUCAGAGCCAGUAACUCACAACACCUAUGGCAAGAACGAAGGAGCAUGGAUGAAGGAUCCAAAGUCUGAUAAUGACAAAAUCUAUGUCACAAACUUCUACUACGGGAAUAACCUCCUGGAGUUCAAAAACCUGGAGGUUUUCAAACAAGGCCGUUUUACCAACUCGUACAAGCUUCCCUACAACUGGAUCGGCACCGGGCACGUGGUCUACGACGGGGCCUUCUACUACAACCGCGCCCUCUCCCGAGACAUCAUCAAGUUUGACCUGCGUCGCCGUUACGUGGCCGCCUGGACUAUGUUGCACGACGCUCUAAUCGAAGAGACGUCGUCGCUGUGGGAGUGGCACAGACACUCGGAAGUCGACUUCGCCGUGGACGAGAGCGGCCUGUGGAUCAUCUACCCGGCGCUGGACGACGAGGGCUUCUUACAGGAAGUGAUCAUCCUGAGUCGACUGAACCCCGUAGACCUCAGCAUGCAGAGGGAGACCACCUGGAGGACCGGGCUCAGGAGAUACCACUACGGGAACUGUUUCAUCGUGUGCGGCGUCCUGUACGCUGUUGACAGCUACAAUCAAAGGGACGCCAACCUGGAGUACGCCUUCGACACGCAUACAAACACUCAGAUGAUUCCCAGAAUGCCCUUCACCAACAACUACACCUACACCACGCAGAUUGACUACAAUCCCAGAGAGGGUGUUUUGUACGCGUGGGACAACGGACACCAAGUCACGUAUAACAUUAAGUUUGCCUAUGUAGACCCUUAGUACCGGGGUGAUAGUAGUUAUUUUAAAAAGCUAAUUCUAUGGUUUGAAUGGAUUGUAGAUCAGUCCACAUGGCCUUCAGUAUGGAGGGAACAAAUGUACAAAUAUACUGACGUGUAUUGACUAAAUUGUUUUGUUCUUAUCAAGAUUUUUUUAAGAUUUUUACCUGAAAUAAAUAAGACAAUUCCUCAGUCAACACAUCAAGUUGAACUGUAUAUAUUGAGAUAAACAAAUGUAGAAAGAUGUCAUGUCUUUUGGUCAAAUAACACUUUAACAAUUCACAAAAAAGAACCAAUUACUCUUUGAACAAAUCCCCAAAUUAUGUGGAGAAAUUACAUUUUUUCUGUUUUAUACACAUUGUUUUGUAUUACAUUUUUCUUUGCAUCAUAUGCCACAGGUCCUCCGCGUUGUAAUAUCACAGGUAUUGUCUUGUGAAAGCACUUACUCCCUCCAUAUCAGACUGUUUUUGAGGAGACUGCAAUAAAGUUGGGACAUAAUAACA